AACAUGGCGCCAGAGGCUUCGGAUGCCCGCACUGCGAUGAUUGGAUGAAGUCCUGGGGACUUCCGGAAGUGUCCUAGAAAGCCGUGCUACCGUGGAACGGAGUUUCGCACGUGGAUCGUUGUUCGCUCCUCGAGAUGGAGACAGCUCCCAAGCCGGGUAGGGGUGUCCAACCCAAGAAGGAAAAGCCUCAGGCCAAGAGGAAGAAACCGCGGCGCUACUGGGAGGAGGAGACCACCCCGGCCGCCGCCGCCUCCCCGGGACCGCCUCGGAAGAAGGCGAGGACUAGGGAUCCGCGACCCUCGAGGUCCAAGAAGCCCCGGAUCCCACAGAAUGCCUCAGACCGGAAGAAGCCGCAGAAGACCCUGUCUGGGGCUCAGGACCCGUUCCCAGGACCCGUCCCCGCCCCCCUGGAGGUGGCCCGGAAGUUCUGUCGUAUUGACAAGUCCAAAAAGCUCCCACAUUCGAAGACUAAAACCCGAAGCAAACUCGAGAAGGCCGAAGCGCAGGAGGAAGAGGCGAGCGUCAGGGCUGCCCGCGCUGAGCUGCUGCUUGCAGAGGAACCUGGGUUUCUGGAAGGAGAAGAUGGGGAAGACACAGCAAAAAUACUGCAGACAGACAUCGUGGAGGCUGUGGACAUUGCGAGCGCUGCCAAGCACUUUGACCUGAAGCUGAGGCAGUUUGGACCCUACAGACUCAGCUACUCUAGAACAGGGAGACACCUGGCUUUAGGAGGGCGUCGGGGUCACGUGGCUGCCCUCGACUGGGUGACAAAGAAGCUCAUGUGUGAGAUCAACGUCAUGGAAGCAGUGCGGGACAUCCACUUUCUCCAUUCUGAGGCUCUGCUCGCAGUCGCUCAGAACCGCUGGCUCUACGUCUAUGACAACCAGGGCAUUGAGCUCCACUGCAUCCGUCGCUGCGACCGAGUGACCCGGCUUGAAUUCCUCCCCUUCCAUUUCCUCCUGGCCACCGCUUCAGAGACAGGCUUUCUGACAUACCUGGAUGUGUCAGUGGGGAAGAUCGUGACGGCCCUGAAUGCGCGGGCAGGACGGCUCAGUGUCAUGGCUCAGAACCCGUACAAUGCUGUUAUCCACCUGGGACACAGUAACGGCACAGUGUCUUUAUGGAGUCCAGCUGUGAAGGAGCCACUGGCUAAGAUCCUGUGUCACCGUGGUGGGGUGCGGGCUGUAGCUGUGGAUUCUACAGGCACGUACAUGGCCACCUCUGGUCUGGACCACCAGCUGAAGAUCUUUGACUUGCGGGGGACAUUUCAGCCCCUGAGUUCCCGGACCUUGCCCCAGGGAGCAGGGCACCUGGACCUUUCCCAGCGGGGACUGUUAGUUGCGGGAAUGGGUGAUGUGGUCAACAUAUGGGCAGGGCAGGGCAAGGCCAGCCCACCGUCCCUGGAGCAGCCCUACCUCACCCACCGGCUCUCAGGCCAUGUGCAUGGACUCCAGUUCUGCCCCUUUGAAGAUGUGUUGGGGGUGGGGCACAGUGGAGGCUUCACCAGCAUGCUGGUCCCUGGCGCUGCGGAGCCCAACUUCGAUGGGUUGGAGAAUAACCCAUACCGGAGCCGGAAGCAGCGGCAGGAAUGGGAGGUGAAGGCCCUGCUGGAGAAGGUACCCGCAGAGCUCAUUUGUUUGGACCCCCGAGCCCUGGCAGAGGUGGAUGUGAUCACUCUGGAGCAGCAGAAGAAGGAGCGGAUAGAGAGACUGGGCUAUGACCCCGAUGCCAAGGCUGCCUUCCAACCCAAGGCAAAGCAGAAGGGCCGAAGCUCUACAGCCAGCCUAGUGAGGAGGAAGAAGAAGGUCAUGGACCAGGAGCACAGGGACAAAGUCCGGCAGAGCCUUGGGCAGCAGCAGAAGAAAACGCAAGAAAUGCCCAAGCCUCCUGGAGCCCGUCCAUCUGCACUGGAUAGAUUUGUACGAUGAGCCAGAGACAGUGGUCUCCAGUUGACCCUCAGGGACCGGGGUGCUCAGUGGGCAGAGGCACUGAUGCCAGGCCUCAUCUCAGUUCCCAGGAGACAUGGGGCAGGAGAAAACACACACACAACACACACACACACACACACACACACACACACACACACACACACCUGCAAAGUGUAAAUAAAACACAAAGAUCCACAAGGAAAUCGUCCCGUGUGCCUGUGUCUCAACUGGGUGUGAGUAGUCAGCUCCGUAG